UUCGGUAAAGAACUGGUCAGUCUCGCGAAGAUUUAGCGCCGUGAGAGCGUAGCUUCAAGGAUUAGCACAUUAAACAUCCGGUCAUUGCAACGUUGCAUUCUGCUAAGGAUUUUGAACCAUUGAGAAGCGCUUCAGAGUGGUUCACCAGAAGUUCGCCUUGAAAGAGUGCCUCGGAAAUAAAUAUCAAAAGUAAAUAGGAAUAUGUGAACUAGAAGAUACUAAAAAAGUAUAACUCAACGCGCUUAAGACAUAUUCUAGAGGUCAAUAGAAAAAAUGCAGUAUAGUGAUUUAAUAAAAACACAAAAAAUAAUUGAUAUUGUCAUUAAAGAAAUAUAACAAAUCGGAGUAAAGUGAAGGUAGACAUCCAGUUGUACACACUUUGUUAACAGAUCCUCACGAGAUGGCUAAGAUGUAUAUCUUGAUCGCAUUAUUGCCUCAGCUGCUUUUUACACUAGUACAAGGACAGCAAUCUCCGUGUCCUCAAUAUUUCAGAUAUAUAAUCAAACCAGGAACAGACGAAAUGAUAGGACAGAUUGAAAUCCAGUCUCCGCCAAAAGUUAGCAAACUCCAUUUGAAAGUGGGUUUAAAACUCACUACUGAGUUGCCUACGAAAUAUUAUGGUCGACUAAAAUUAGCACGAUCGACUGAAGAUUCUGCUCAAGCUGUUCUACAGGGCAGGAGUUUAUUGUACCAUAUUUAUUUCCCUUUACGCCAACCACUUCCAACAUUGUCCGCGCUAUGGUUCAAUGAUAAAAAAUAUUGUACGGGUCCCGAUGCAACAGGAGAUGUGACUACUACUGUUACUACUAUCACAUUGGAACAUACUCUGUAUCUACCAAUAUCUUCGCAAAAUUCACAACCGAAUGAAUCGUAUCAUUCACAACCGAAUGAAUCGCAUCAGAACUCGACACCAAAACCGGGGCAUCAACAGAGUAUUCCAAAGAAAGCCAUCGUUACUUUCUCUCAAGACAAUGGCAACAUAUUCUUACCUAAGCUCCCGAACCAACCAGGACAAGUUUCACAAUAUAAUAAUGACAACACAUAUCUGAGGAGACCGACUUCAGCUCAAACAACCUCACAACAUAAUUUUAAUAAUAAUAAUAUAUUCCUAAUGCCAUCGUUGACUAAUUUUCCACAAUAUAGUAUUUCCCACAAUAAUAAUAUAUUCCUGCGGCCACAUCAGUCCUCUGGACCUCAACCAAACCAGUCACUUAAACCUCAAUCAAACCAGUCUCUAGCCAAACCAGUUCCGCAACACAAUAAUAAUAAUAAUAUUAACAAUAAUAAUGAAUGUGGCAUCAGCAGCCGCUCUGCAAGUGCAAAUCUGUUGAUCUCUAAUGGGCAGGAAACAUUGCCUGGCGAAUGGCCGUGGUUAGUGGCACUUUUCGUCGUUACAAAUCACUAUGAGUUUCAAUGCGCUGGAACCAUCCUGACAAAUAAACAUGUUCUAACAGCGGGGCAUUGCUUGAAGAGCUUUGAAAGCAACGAAACUAUACUUCCUAAUGUGUUGGCUGUGGCAUUGGGGCGAUUUAAUUUGUUCGGAUUUCGCGAGGUGGGAACCGUGAAUCGGGAAGUCGCAAGUUACACGAUUCAUCCCGAUUAUGUACAUGACACCACCGGCGAUUCCGAUCUGGCGAUUUUAAAUCUCAGAAGACCUGUGGAAUAUAACCCUUUUAUCAAACCUAUUUGUCUGUGGUCCGGUUCAUCCGAUCUUCACGACGUCGUCAGAAGAAGAGGAUACGUCGUGGGAUGGGGCAAAGACGAAUUCGGUCAUCGUUAUACAGAUCAUCCACGAAUGGCGAUAAUGCCGAUAGUCAGUUUGGAGACUUGUCACUGGAGUUACCCGGGUUUCGUCAAACUCACCUCGAAUCGUACCUUUUGCGCCGGUAUGCAAGAUGGGAGCGGUCCUUGCAACGGUGACAGCGGGAGCGCGCUAGUACUUUUCGAUAAUACCACAGACCGUUUUCAGUUGCGUGGUGUUGUUUCACGGACAGUGUUUAGCCAUGAACCAACAUGUGAUCUCACGAAGUACACCGUUUUUGUCGACGUGGCUAAAUACCUAUCUUGGAUUCAACAGCAGAUAUCCACCACGUAA